UCGAGUAUGAAGAGAAAAUUAGGGUCAUCAAAGAAGAGUUGCAACGGGACCUUGACAAUCAAAAACAAGAAUAUGAAGAAAAGAUGAAAGCACUAGAAGCAUCAAACCUUGAAACUGAUGUACUAAGAGCCGAGAAAAAACAGAUGGAAGAAAAACUCAAAAUGGUUCAAGAGGAAAUGGCAAGAGUGUUAGAAUCUCAGGCGUAUCCACAAAAAAUGAAACGAUUGUCCGACGCUUCCCAAUAUACUUACUCACCUGAUUCUCCACCUUAUACAGAAGAACAAUUGCGUCUUAUUAGAAUGGCGCUUACAAAGUGGAGACGUCAGAGAUUUGUUCAAAUGGCAGAAGUCAUACUCAGUAAUGCAGUCAUACUAAAGGAAGCAAAUGUUAUUAGUAAAGAACUUGGUAAAAAAAUACUUUAUCAAUUUACCAUCAUUGAAGAUGAACCAUAUACUAAUCCCGUAUCAUCUUGGGAGAGCACUUCAGCUUUGAAUCAGUAUAAUAAUAAUGAAGAUUCAUCAUUACACCUCUCUAAGAAGCCAUGCAUUGGCGUUAAAGUUAUAGAUACUAAAAAUGAUGUUAUAUAUAUAUGGUCACUCGAUAAACUUAAAAGUCGUCUACAAAAAAUGCGCAAUCUAUAUAACUUUAUCGACCGUCCGCAAUAUAGCAAACAUUUUAAUUGGGAAGACCCUUUUUACGAAAAUCCUUCUCCACAAUAUACUUUUAUAGGUAGUUGUGCUGUGGGUUUGACAUGUUUGCUUUUAAAAAAAGAAUUUGAAUGUGAUGCACCAAUUAUUUGCAGAUACUCCGGUGACCUUGCUGGUUAUUGUCGUAUUCGUAUUAAAUUUCUCACAGAGUUUGAAGAAUCAUCUUCGAAGGAUACACCAACAACAGAUGACAAACAAAAAGAAAUAUCUCAGAAAUUGUUGGUUAAUAAAUUGGUUGUUUUUGAGGUUAACAUUAUAGAACUUUGUGGUAUUUCGGAGUCACGAUACGACCAAGUUCACGUACAAUAUAAGUUAUCUUCUUUUGGGAACGUUGCACCUCUUUCUCCCGGUGAACAUUUAUAUUGCACAGAACGUGCUAAUGAUUUCGGAAAUUCAAAAAUUACCUAUAAUUACAAACAAAAUUUAACUAUGGCUGUAUCUCCUGCUAUGAUGGAGGUACUUACCAAUGGUGUGCUUACUUUCGAAGUAUUUGGUCGCGCAAAACGUAUUGUAUUAGAAGAAAUAGAACUGUGGGAUAAUGAAAAAGAAUGUCCAUCCUAUAGAAGAAACAAUGGAAAUGUACCUGAAUCUUCAGUUCCUAGAGAGAGACGUUCAGAAGAAGAAUUGGUAGCAGAAGAAAAACAUGAUGUGGUUGCAUGGGUUCAAGUUUGCGAACUUGCUUCCACGGGAGAGUAUGUGCCAGUUCAAGUCCUUUCGCAAAAUUCUCUUGAUCCAGGUGCAUUUUUCUUACGACAAGGUCUUCAACGACGUAUUGUUCUAACGUUAACACAUAAUUCCGGUCGACAAUUUCCAUGGACUAAAGUAUCAAAAAUGGAAAUCGGUCGGGUACGGUUACUUGAUGGAAAAGGACGAUUGUCUGAAUCACCAGUUCAGAAUGAUAUACAGAUGAAUUUAUUACCAACACAAACUGUCCAAUUUAAUAGAGAUGGUACUAGUGUUGUUGUAGUCCAAGCAUCAUGGGAUAGUACACUUCAUGAUUCCAUUUUCCUGAACAGAACAACACAUUCUAGUAGUAGAGUUUUAUUAGGACUCACGUGGUACGUAGAAGCCGAAAAAUGUGUAGAGCCGAUCACCUUUUCCAUGGACAUUGCAGUGCAAGUCCAAGGUCGUGAGGCUCGACCACCAUCAAAGUUGAUACAACUAUUAAAUCAAUCAAAAGUAUUAUGGAAAUCUAGCGGGCUGUUUUCCGUCACACUUAAACCUCCAAUGACUCGAAAAAUUUCCGAACUUUGGCGGCUUAAUACCGCAAAUAAAUAUGUUCGUGGGGAAGAACUUUUGAUAGAGUGGAAACCCCGUGGAGUGUCAUUAGUUAAAGAUUAUAAAAAAAUUAGUGAACUUAUACGUAGAAGGGAAGCAGUUGAUUGUAUGAAGCAAGUUAUUGCGUUAAAAGGAACAAAAGAAUAUGAGCAACUUAAAAGUCCCGAAGAUUUACGUAAAUAUGUUUUAACACUUUGGACGAAAAAAUGGGGAACAACUAAAGAGAUCGUUAUAAACCAAGAGCCACCACUUUCAGGACUCUAUCAAGACAUAGAAUUAUCAAGGGGAAAGAAACCAACUAAGUUGGUUGCACAAGUUCGAAUGGUGGCAAAAACCGAUACGAUAACUAAAAAGGGGUAUCUAUUUACUCCUGAAGAUGCUAACGAUGAUCAUUGGGUUAAGAGGUGGUACGUCUUGAGAAGACCAUACCUAUUCAUCUACGAAUCACCUAAAGAAACCGAGGAACAAGGUGUUAUUAACUUGGCAUCGGUUAGAGUUGAUUAUAAGAGAGAUUUAGAGGAUAUGCUUCAGCGUCAACACGUAUUCGCUAUUGAUAACAGAAAUAUUAUUAGAAUCAGUGAUAAUAGUGAUAACAAUAUCACAAUUUCACUCACGUUUUUGCCACCAUUCGAACUUGUGCAACCAACUUAG